UACCACCCUAUAGAAAGCAGGAAAACUAUGUGGAGUAUUUUGUCUAAAAGCAGGUAUGGAGAGCGUAAUGUUUUAGCCCAGCAAAAAGCAUCAUGGCAGAGAAGGUUUUUCCAUUUCCUUUAUGUUAUAACAGUGAAUCGUGAUUAUUUUCCAUCACUUGAUGGAUAAAAUUGUCGGUUUGUGUGAGCUUUUAGUGAUUAGUUUCAGCUACAUUUUUGAAUAAAUUAGUUGCUUCUUUGUCAAAGAAAUACCAAAAAUGACUUCCUGAAUUGAGCCUGACAACAAAAUACCAGUUAAAUUUUUCAUGUUUCAAUUUUAUCCCUUCCACAAGCCUUAAUUGGUACUUACAAAAACGCAAAACUUUUCCUACAAAUGAAUUCCAAAAAAAAAUUCAUCGUCAAAAUCUGAGUUUGCUGUUUGAGUGAGAAAAAAAACGUCCAAACAGAUGAACUUUUCCCAUCUUCCUUCGCAAUUAUGAAGUGAACUUCUAAUUAUCGCAGUCUAAACUGUUGAUUUAAAAACCAGCUUACGUUUCUUCAGAUUAAAAACAGGCACGAUUCCGUUUAUUUAAAAAAAAAAAUGGCCGCAAAAAAUGAGGGUAGAGCCGAACUGGUUAUCCUCGGCGCUUCGAUCGGCGGAGGUUUCCUAAUAAGGAAGUUAAUCAGCACCGGCACUUAUCGGAAGUUUAACACGACAGUAAUUGACAGGAAUGAAUAUAUGGAGUGGUUUGUGAGUAUCGACAGGUACAUAUGUGAUGAGUCAUUGGUGGAUGGCCACAUGGUACGGGCUAAAGAUUACUUCGAGAAAAACAAAUUGGAACAGUACAACAUGAAAUUUGUCCAAGGCACAGUUACGAAUGUAACAAGUGAUGGGUGCGAAUCGGGAGGCCUAGUAGAGUACAACUCAUCGCCAGUGGGGAGCAACAGCAACGACAUCGCUAGACUGUUGGUUCCCUAUCGCUUCCUGGUCAUAGCCACUGGCACUCAGUACGGACAUCCGGUGAAGAGUGAUCAAAGGCAGAAAGCUGACAGGAUUACAGAGUUGAAAGAGUGGAGUGGUCGUCUCUCAAGUGCAAAUGAGGUGGUGGUGGUCGGGGGAGGCUCAGUGGGCGUGGAGAUUGUAGGCGCCAUUGCAUACAAGUUCAAACAAGACACCUCCAAGAAAAUACACCUGGUCACAAGAUCCAGAGUUCUUCUGGAGCGCCUCCCUCCAAAUGCCAGUGAAUAUGCACUCAAAGCCCUCAAGCACCUCAAGGUCACUGUUCACUUCAACAAAGACGCUGACUCACUCAAGUCAGAAAUAUCCCCAGAUGCUCUUUUCCUGCCUUCUAUCACCAGAAUCAACACGAGUUUUCUGGAUAACAAAACUUUCAGAGGCUCAUUAGCUGUGAAUGGGGCAAUCAAGGUCAACAGUUUCAUGCAGGUGGACACUUUUCGCAACGUGUUUGCACUUGGCGACUGUUGCGUCACUCCCCUGAAUGAGGAGAAGGGAAUUUUGUCUGUGAACCAACUGGGUCAAGUGGUGUGGACUAAUUUAAUUCACAAAUUGGAACGAGAGAGACUGGUCACUAUGCCUCCACGUAUACAGUUCAUUCAAGCUAUCACAAUCGGCCAGGAAGACGGUCUGGUGGUGGCUAACUACAAACUCAUGAAAACUGGAUCCGAAAUUCCUAAAAUGAAAGCCGAAUCAGCCGACAACUUCGGACAUUUGGACAAAGAACUGGCUAUGCUGAACAAAAUGAACAAAGUCGUGUCUAUUUUGGACUGUCUUUCAUCUGUAUGUUGCUGCUGCCCAAUCUCAAGUGGGUACAGAGAGGCUGCAUUGAGGAAAAAAGGAGCCGGAGGGAAAUCUCAAGACCCAGACACCGAGAAAAUCACCCCUAAAUCUAUCUGAAAAUUAAGAAACUGUUUCUGAAUAUAACACAGAUUGGCUUCGUUUUUCAGUUUUCAUGAAGAUCUUCAUUUUUACAAGCUGUUAAAUGUUCAAGUGCGACGAGAUAACCUAAAUUUUUUGUAAAUUUUCCCGGAUAUAGAACUUAGAGUUUGCAAUCUUCAAUCGGUGCUUUGAGUGUCAAAAAAUUAUAUAGUUCUCCAUAGAGCUACUUUAUCUAUCAAAAUCUAAAAAUUUGCAUGCUAUCAGAAAUUGCACUAGCCAUCUUGGGAA